AAAAGAGAGGCCUGUAUAUACAGUAAUAGGGUGAAUAAUAAUAGCUAUCUUAUGUAACAACAGUAAGAAGCAAGGCUUUAUCAGGUAUGAAAUAUGAGCUAACAUACAGUACACACACAAUUUUUUAAUAGGGUAUUGUUCAUAGUGUCAUGGCUUCUAAUGUUCAUGUUCUUGAUAAAAUAUUAUUUUAAAUGCACUCUUUCUCUUUCACUGAUAUGUAUUGUUUUGAUGUCUAGGAACAUCAAAAGAUGGAAGAAAUUAGUCUCAACACAACUUUUUUAACAAACACACAUCCCUGUUAUGCAAGAGACAAUUUCACUUACAUUUUAACAACCACCCCUUCUGUUACCUGUGUUGUAUUGUACAUUUUCCUUGUAUUACUGUCUGUUGUUACAGUAUGUGGAAAUCUUUUAGUAAUAAUAUCUGUCAUUUAUUUUAAUCAGCUCCACACUCCUACAAACUACCUUGUUCUCUCACUGGCUGUGGCUGACCUGCUCAUUGGGGUGUUGGUGUUCCCCUUUAGCAUGGCAUUUUCUCUCAGCUCGUGUCUGUAUCACGAACAUUUGUUCUGUAAAAUACGUAGCAGCUUUGAUAUAACACUGAGCACAUGUUCUAUUCUGAAUCUAUGCUGCAUUUCUGUGGACAGAUAUUACGCAGUGUGUCAGCCUCUAGCGUAUCGAACUAAGAUAAGUUACCAUGGUGUUGUGAUUAUGAUCACUGUGAGCUGGGGAGUUUCUGCUUUCAUUGGAAUUAGUGUCAUAAUUGCUGGUUUAAGCAAUGGAACAUGUGCGGAUAGAUGUUUAAUAGAUGUCCUCAUGGCAAACACGAUUGGACCUCUUUUAUCAUUCUAUCUCCCAGUGAUCAUAAUACUCUGUAUCUACCUGAAGAUUUUUCUCGUUGCACAGAGACAGACACACAAAAUCCAGAGUACAAUUUGUCAAAGCACAAAGUCAGGAGCAGCUGUUAGUAAAUUGGAGAGAAAGGCAACCAAAACCCUGGCUACUGUUCUAGGAGUUUUUCUUUUAUGUUGGACUCCUUUCUUUCUUUGUAUAACAUUUUUGCCAUUUACUAAUAACUCAGUGCCAGUUUCUGUGAUUGAAACCCUUAAUUGGCUUACACUAUCGAAUUCAAUGCUUAAUCCGUUUAUUUAUGCUUUUUUCUAUAGCUGGUUCCGAGCAGCUUUUCGAAUGAUAAUAUCUGGAAAGAUAUUGAAAGGGGAUUUUGCUAAUUCAAAACUGCAUUGACUUACUAGCUGAGAGACAGAAACUGCCAUUAAAGUUAAUGUUAAUACAAUGAAUAUGAAUAUCUUAACAGAAAUUUAGUAUCUACCAAUGUUUAAUGUGAUUCUAAUUGUAAUUGAGUUUCCAGAUCCAGCAACAAAACUGUAAACUAUUAACGAAAUAGAGAGAAAAGCAACAAAACUCUUCUGGAAAUGUUUUUUUGUUCGCUUGUUUCUGUUUUCCUUCUGUGCAACCUUUCAUCAUCUUUCACAGCUGGUUCUAGCAGAUUUCAUAAUUAUAAUAUUUGGAAAAAUAUACAAUGGUGAUUUUGCUAACGGAAAAUAGCAUUGAUCUAGUGUUUGGGUAAAGA